AUGUUUGGAUCGGAAUCGAAAGGCCGAGCUAUCAAUCUUCGUAAUUUCUCAGCCCACAAGAAACAAGUAUUGUGUUCAAAAAUAGGGCGUAAAUCAGGUCAAAUAGUUGCAACUGGAGGAGAAGAUGCUCUGGUAAAAUUAUGGCAUGUAGCGAAUGAUGACCCUUUGAUGUCCCUAGCUGGACAUAAAACCAACAUCAUCAAAAACUUUUCAAGGUGGACAUCGUUCAGCGGUCACUUGCGUGGACUUUCACCCUUUGCAUCCGAAUACUUUGCUACUGGAUCUCUUGACACAAAUGUAAAAGUGUGGGAUUCAAGAGUUAAAAAGGAUGUGCAGUCACAUAGAGGAGAAUCAGAAAAUUAUAAGGAGCCCAUUUCAUCAUUAAGAUUUACACCAGAUGGAAAGUGGAUUGUUGCCGGUGGAGAAGAUGGAACCAUUAAGAUUUACGAUAUUACGACUGGUAAAAAGUUUGGUCAAAUUCAAAGUCACAGAUCUACCGUUACCACCAUUGAUUUCCAUCCCUCUGAAUUUUACUUAGCCACAGGAAGUGCAGAUAGAACAGUUCAAGUUCUAAGCUUGGAGGACUCGAUUGAGGUUGUUUCAAAGUCUGACAUUUUCCCAUCCGGUGUAAAAUCAGUGCAAUUUAGUCCUGAGGAUGGUUCAGUGCUUUUAUCGAUAUGCGAUGAAGGAAUGAAGGUGCAUGCUUGGAACUCGGCAAAUAUGCGUUGCAUAGAUACCAUUGAUGCUAAAUGGGGUGACAUUAAUGAUGUCAAUCUUCAUCAAGGUCUUAAUCAAAUAUUUGCUGUUAGCGCCAAUCCAACGGUGACUGGAUAUGUGGGUAUUUGGGUGAUACCUGUUGACUCUGUGAGGCCAUGGUAUAAUGGUCAAGACGAUAAAAAGAUGCAUUUCUCGCCUCAACUGACAAAAGAAAUGGUGAAUGAGACUCUAAAUAGCUCAACUGAGGACGUUUUAAAUGAAAUCAGAAAUAGGAAGCCUGUGAGUGUAGCUACUACAACAACAACCCGAGGAGAAGUGAUUACAGUGACCAAGGUUUCUGGAGAAAGAAGAACACCUGCGUUGGGUGUCCCUCAAACGCCAUCAAGUGAGGUAAUAGUAUCAUCGAAAAGAAAGGAACCAGCUAAUAUUGAUAUUGAUUCGUUCGUUCCAAAGGGAGAAGCUUUCUCUGAACUUGAUGAUGAUCAAAUUAUAGAAGAAAUAAUGAAAUCUCACCAAAAAAUGUCGAGUGCCAUGACAAAUAGGUUAAACAAUUUAAAAAUUGUUCGAAGAAUUUGGAUCGAUCAAGGAGAUCCAAAGGAAGCCAUUAAGGCACUUGUAAAAAUGAAAGAUUUACCACUUGCAUCUGACAUGUUAGGGCAACUAUUACGUCCAGAAUGUAAAAAGCAUUUGACCCUUGAAUUGUGUGCUCUCCUUUUACCAGUAAUUAUUGACCUCAUAAAGGAAAAUUAUGAGGAACACAUAUCAACUGCACUCAAAGCAUCCAUGUUGUUGUAUUCAAGUUUCUCAGGAAUGAUUGAAGAAAAUUUACAACUAUUUAAUAGCAAUUCAAAUCUUGCACAAAUGGAUAUUAAUGCAGAGGCAAGAAUUUCGAAAUGUCAAGCAUGCAAAAGAGGUUUCGGAGAGGUGAAACGAAUUAUAAUAGAAAGAGCAGCCGAUUUCUCACAAAUGACAGAUCUUGCUUUGCUAUCGAGGAGAGUUGUAAAGACAAUCAAGUAA